GACGUCACAAACAAGUUCCACAUCUCGAGUCAACGAAGUCAACUGGCAACAUAAACAUGAUUUCCACAAGUAAACAUCAGCGAAUCUCCUUUUGAUGAGGACAGCCGCAGCUAAAGUACAUCAGAAUCGUAAAAUUGAUUUAAAUAGAUCUUCGGUACAAAUAGUUCUGAAAUCAACAUUAUACCUACGCUUGGUAGAUUUAGACUGCGAGACCCAGCGACGAAUAAAAGUCAUACAAAUGUCUUUCGCGCCACAAGCCGAGUAUCGUCCACCGGCGGACACGGUACUAUCCGACGAGAUCAAAGAGGAACCAUCGGACAGGGAAACGGAUCCAUUUGAGUUGUGUCAAACGGAAGAAGUCAAAAUGGAUCUAAUGGAAUCGAUAGGGGAAGUACCACCAGAUCCUAUAGGCCAUCAGUCAAUUAAUUCGGUUGAUGUCGACGGUGGUCAUCAUCCGAUAAACCAAACGGUAUAUGAGAAUAAUCCCAAGAGUACCCGAUGCCGAUUUUGCUUUAAUCUGUUCCACGAAGUAGGUGGUCGAGCUCCCAUCAGCCUCAAAAGAGUGAUUUUUGUCUUGGGGCUUCCUAAGGGGAAGCUCCUCGAGCUUAAUCCGGAGUGUUGCAUGUGUUGUAAAGAGAUGUUCGAUCAAUCCUUUGAGUUCAAAAGGUUGUGUCUGGCCGCAUUGGCCCGAUCAAUGGAUUGUGCGGAUUGGACUACGAAGGAAGAUGAGCAUGAUACUGUAGAAACUCAGUCGAGCAGCUCCGAGAAUAGCACACUGGAGGAAGGUGAGGAAGAACCAAUUGUAAGUGAGGAAGCAAUCAUAUCCACGGCAUCAGUUGCAACACUCUCAACACCACCUACGGAAGGGUCACAACUGGAUAACAAUACAUCAAGAAUAGAUUGCCAGAUGUGCAAUGAAACAUUCUUUGAAUGGUCGGACCUGGAGAAGCACUGGCUUACUCAUUUUUCAACUUCUACGGAAAAUAUCCACGUGACAAAUCCAAUAACAUCAGUGCCGAACGACCAACAGGUGAAGAGUAAAAAGGCGGUUCAGCUUUACUGCUAUCGUUGUACGAAAUGGUAUCCAACGAAAUUGAUUUACGAUGAACACAAAGAAAAAUGCGUCGCCCUUUUCGAAGGGAAACAGACACUGAAUACGGAGUACUAUUGCUUCCGCUGCAAUAAAUGGUUUUCUUCGAAAGACGUUUUUACGAUUCACAAAAUAUCAUGCAAAAAUGCUAGCGAAGGAGGGGCAUUGCAAAAACCUGAAUUAUCGGAAGCUAAUGCAUUACCCGUAUGUAAUGAGUCACCGAUAGGUCAACCAUGGAACGGUGGAUUCUUCUGUACACGUUGCCGUACGUGGUAUCAAUCGAAACUUAUCUUCACGGAUCACGUUCCGUUGUGUAAUAGGGCUACUGGAAAGGAAUUGAAAAAUCUCCUUUCGAAUCUUCAACCAGCUUCAACGGCUCAACCAGAACCGAACGGUAUUCUUCGGCCAAAGCGCAUCAGGAUUUCUGCGAGGGUCGAACAACCAGUGGUAGUGACGCCGGUAGUUGAAGAACAUCCAUGUAACCGGUGUAAACAAAUAUUUGCAACCAAAAAGCUGUACAGCCACCAUUGGAAAUCGUGUUUGCAGGAGAAGCUAUAUUCGUGCCAGCAAUGUCCUCUCAAAUUCAACACUGAAGCCAGAUUAAUCGUUCAUACAGAACGCCACACUGGCGAACGAAACUAUCCCUGUCGCGAAGGCUGCGGCAAGAUGCUAACCUAUACAACCCGGUACAAUCACGAAAGGCGUUGCGGAAAAGAAAUACGGGUGUUAUGCAGUAUUUGUGGGGCUGUUUUUCGUUCGGACAAUGCUUUGCACGUUCAUAUGGCAACCCAUGGAAAUCCAUUGUUUUCCUGCAAACUAUGCGAUAAGUCGUUCCAUACGAAGUCCAGGUUGAAGAAACACGGCGGUGUCCACACGGAUGCACGGAACUUUGAGUGCAAGGUAUGCGGCAAGCGUUUCAAAUCGCACGAAGCAAAUCGAGUUCAUCAGAGGAUUCACACGCAAGAGAAGCCGUACGUUUGUAGUAUCUGCGGAACGGCAUUCACGUACAAUUGCUUGCUCAAGACGCAUAUGGAAAAAGGUCACGAGUCAACGAAUGUUCAACAGCCCAGCGAAAAGUCACAGUCGCUGGUGCAUUCGGAUGGAGAGCCGAAGGAUUGAUUUUGACUUUCAGCAAAAAAUAUCUGAUGAGGUGAUGAGUCGUUCAAAUAGAGAUAGCUGAAGUAUCUGA